AUGUCUGUCAACCAAGAAGCGAAGGGGUUGGACGAGAAGAGAGGGGUCGAGUUCUCCGAUGGCCGUCUUAGCCGGAGUGAGGAUGAAGGCCAGGAAUUGACGUGGACCGAAGAAGAGGAGAAGGUAUUGGUUAGAAGGCUCGACUUUUUGAUCAUGCCUCUGCUGAUCCUUGGAUUCUUCGCCUUGCAAAUUGAUCGAGGCAACAUCGGCAAUGCCCUCACAGAUUUCUUUCUGCGGGACGUAGGCAUCACGCAGUUCCAAUUCAACGUCGGCCAGCAACUGCUGUCUGCCGGCAUUGUGCUUUUGGAAAUUCCAAGCAACAUCAUCCUUUACAGGCUCGGCCCGACGGUGUGGAUUGGCGGGCAAAUUCUGGCAUGGGGCCUCGUAGCUACCCUCCAAGCCUUCCAGAAAGGACUCGGUUCAUAUCUCGCCACAAGGUUGCUCCUUGGGCUGUGCGAGGCGGGCUUUAUUCCCGCUGGGCUGUUCACCAUGACCCGUUGGUACAAGCGCGAUGAAAGCACCUCAAGGUUUUCAAUCUAUUUCCUGGGCAACCUGCUAUCUGCCGCUUGCUCGGGGCUCAUAGCGUACGGGAUCUUGCACAUGCGGGGCAUCGGCGGCCUUGCGGGUUGGCAGUGGUUGUUCCUGCUCGAGGGCAUUUUCACCGUGUUGGUAGGAAUCUUGUUCAUCUGCCUCUUCCCAAUCUCGGCCGCCAACCCCGUUUCUCUCAUUGGCCUCCGAUACUUCAACGAGCGCGAAUCCCAAAUCCUGCAACAGCGAGUUCUUCGAGAUGACCCGAGCAAGGUCCAAGCCCGUCAGAACAUCAGUCUGGAGGAGGUUAAGACGACGUUCACAAACUGGCGCCUUAUCCCCCACCUACUCAUGACCAUAGUGGCUCUAGCACCUGCUUCCACCAUGGGCUCCUAUGCCCCAACGCUCGUGAUCUCGAUGGGGUACGAACGACUGCAGUCGAACGCUAUGGCAUCCAUUGGGGCUUGGAUUCAACUCGUCAUGAAUGUUUUGUGGGGUGUCAUUGCGGAGAAGACGCGUCGCAGGGGCCUGAUGGUGUUCCUGGGGAUUUUGAUUCUUUGGGGGACGUCGCUUGGAAACCGUCUGCUAGUAGAUUCCACCAACUAUCCACUGAAAUUCGGCGUACUUACAGCUAGUCUUAGCUUCCAGGUUCCAUUCCACGCUGUAAAUGGCUCCUGGCUCUCCCUCAACUGCAAGACAGCAGGUGAACGAUCCAUCACCAUGGCCAUGUUGAUCAUGUGCGCCAACAUCGCCGGCAUCGUGGGCAGUCAGUUGUUCCAGGCGCAGGACGCACCGUUGUACCGGACAGGCUUUACGGUAAUUGUGGCCUUUCUUUCGGCGGCGGUGGUCCUGGCCACGCUUGCCAACUUGCAGUAUUGGCUGCUCAACAAAUUCCAGAAGAGGGUCGGCAAGGAUCGGUAUCAGUACUAG